AGCGCGACCGCGGCCCUCGCCAUGGUGAAGCUGCUGCCCGCGCAGGAGGCGGCCAGGAUCUACCACACCAACUACGUGCGGAACGCGCGCGCCGUGGGCGUGAUGUGGGGCACGCUCACCAUCUGCUUCUCGGUUCUGGUCAUGGCCCUCUUCAUCCAGCCCUACUGGAUCGGCGACAGUGUGAGCACACCGCAGGCCGGCUACUUCGGCCUCUUCUCCUACUGUGUGGGCAACGUGCUGUCAUCCGAGCUCAUCUGCAAAGGCGGCCCCCUCGACUUCGGCUCCAUCCCCUCCAGGGCCUUCAAGACGGCCAUGUUCUUCGUAGCCCUGGCCAUGUUCCUCAUCAUCGGCUCCAUUAUCUGCUUCAGCCUGUUCUUCGUGUGCAACACGGCCACGGUGUACAAGAUCUGUGCGUGGAUGCAGCUGGCGGCAGCCACAGGUCUAAUGAUCGGCUGCCUGGUCUACCCGGACGGUUGGGACUCCAGCGAGGUGCGGCGCAUGUGCGGGGAGCAGACGGGCAAGUACACGCUGGGCCACUGCACCAUCCGCUGGGCCUUCAUGCUGGCCAUCCUCAGCAUCGGCGAUGCCCUCAUCCUCUCCUUCUUGGCCUUUGUGCUGGGCUACCGGCAGGACAAGCUCCUCCCUGAUGACUACAAGGCAGACGGAAAAGAGGAAGUCUGAAGCCGCUGGAGCGCUGG